AUGCCAACCGAGCCGUUCAACCCUCUAUCCUACCUCCUCGGCCCACCCGCCUACGGAGACUGGCUUCUGCUGAGCGCGACAGCAACCCGCGCCCUGCUCUGGGCCUUCCUGGUCGUGUCGUGGAUCUUUGUCUCGGCGCGCGUCGCCGACGGACAGCUCCCCGCCAAGAGCCUCACCACCUUUGCCAUCUGUCACGCAUGGAUCGGCUGCGCGACGUCGGACGUGCAGAUCCUCUACAUGCUGCUGGCGUCGCUCGGCGGCAACGAGAUGGUGGUCGCUGCCAUGGGUCGCGGUCGUGCCAGGGCGAUGAACAUGGUUUCGCUGGUCGGAACUUGGUGGAUUGGCUUGUGCUUGUAUCUCUGGCCGCGGGAUUUUGGCGACGGAGAAAGCGCGGCUCCCGAUGUCGCUGCUUCGACGUCGGCUUUGAGGGGCUGGAUUGGGCUGGAGUGA